AUGGUUGCAUUGGCGGAGGUGGAGAGGCGUCUGCUGGUUAGAGCUCAUCACUUUAGCCUUGAAGGACACUGGAGCCCUAGAGACUGUGCUCCACGCUGGAGGGUUGCCAUUGUGAUUCCCUUCAGAAACCGACAUGAACAUCUUCCCAUCCUCCUUAACCACCUGGUCCCCAUGCUGCAGAGCCAGAGGCUGCAGUUCGGCCUCUACGUUGUUGAACAGUAUCAUCACUACACUGUGAAGCUAGACAAGUAUUAUUAUAUGCUUCUAUACGAGGAGUUUUUUGGGGGAGUGAGUGGUCUAACAGUGGAUCAGUUCUACAGACCUAACGGCUUUGCUAACGGUUUCUGGGGCUGGGGGGGCGAGGAUGAUGACAUGUGGAACAGGGUACACAAUGCUGGUUACUCAGUGAGCCGUCCUCAAGGGGAUGUUGGUCAUUACACGUCCAUCCCUCACCAUCACCAUGGGGAGGUGCAGUUUCUCGGCAGAUACUCUCUACUCAGGAAAUCUAAGGAGAUGCAGGUGGUGGAUGGCCUAAACAACUUGCACUACUCCCCUCUAGUGGUGCGAAGGCCUCUGUACACUAACAUUACAGUACAGUGAAUCUCAGCUGGGACUUUGGGAACUCUGACUGAUGCACUGUAAUCUGCUGUUACCCUACUGGCCUGGACUCAGAGGCACAGAGACCAAGCAAAUUAUGUUAUAUAUUAUAUUAGAUAUGCCUCCAGGUUGCAGACCCAGGGAUCCCCGAACCUCACUCUGAGAACCACUUGUAUACAAUAGGUUCAAAACUACACUGAACAAAAUAAAUCGCUGGAUUUACUUGAUUUUAUUGUGUACAUCGGUUGCACAUGAAGUAUAUCGUAUAUAUACUUUUUAUGAAUGAAAUAUCUAGAAUUAGUCCAGCAUUUCUCUUUCUGUUUACAAAAUUGAUUCAUGCUGUGAUAACCCAAUUUGAUCAAGUAAUUCCAAUUAAAUUGAUUAGGCUUAGGCCUAAAUGAAAUAUUCAUGGAAUUUCAACAUGAUUGUGUUAUACAGGUGGCAUGUGUUGAGAGCAGGCAUUCAGAUAUUGCAACAGCAAUGUUAAAGAAAGAUAACUUUGAUAUGUAAGACUUCAAGAUGAAAUCUUAGAAUGAAACAUGAAUAUGUUGUGCCAUAGUAUUUCAAAAGCGUUUAUUGAGGUUGAAACGAGUGCUAUAAAACCACUGAUACUUUGUGCAUGCUCAAUACCUUCUUCUUCUGGUCUCUAAGCAUGA